AUGCUUCCCUCCUCUUUCAGAAAUGUAACAUAUGAUGCAGAGUCCGGUCGAAAUGGGUCCCUGAUGACACCUUACGCGGUGGCAGGAAUCUGUAGUGGUAUUUUAAUCGCUAUCUUGAUCUGCAUUGGCUUGUUGGCAAGAUUUUGGAAGAAACGGCCUGCCAAACAUGCAAACGCGCAGACCUAUUCCCAGAUCCGCAAUCAAGGAUCUGAUGGGAACGUCGAGAAUACGAGACCUUCUCCUACCCCGAGCAGAAACGAAUCGAUCAUGGCAGACGUUAAAUCACAAAGCCAGCCAAGAAAGCUUAAACAAGCAGAUGUCACUACUUAUUUUGUUUGGGGUUGGAACAUUGUUCUGACGUUGGUGCCCCUGUGCUUCAUUGCUCUCGCAGUAGUUGUGGUCAACUUGGACGGCCAAAUGAGGUCAAGCUUCGGUCAACACGUAUUGGAACUGACCAAACUAAGUCCUUCAUUAUAUCCCAUCUUAUUCGCUGCCGUAGUAGGCCGAUUUUACAAGAACCUUGCCCGUUAUUGCCUGGAACAGUCAGGUGGUGUCCGACUUGCAGUCCUGGAGCAGAUUUUCGGGAGCCAGAGCUUUGCUACGGCAUUGGAACGCGUCUUUUUCGUCCACACGCACAUUGUUCUCAGUGUUAUUAUACUUACGACGUGGGCCUUAUCUCCCUUGGGCGGUCAGAGUUCAUCAAGAAUACUUGGGUUCGGGAAUGCAACGGAAGUGGCGAAUGGCACUAUCAAUUACUUGCACCCGGCAUAUCAGGUGUCCAGCUACCUGGCCCAUCAAUCUCUCGUGGCGACUAAAGGCAGUGUGGCAGCACUUUACUCAUCCAAUCUUCUCUCAUCGCUCGAGCAAAAGCGCUCUCCAAGGGAUAUGUGGGAAUUACCGAAGAUUCCUCAGUUCAGAGGUGAUAUGGAGAAAAUAGGAAAGACAUAUACGGUCGAUCUAGAGGAACUCGAAAUUGGUUACCACCAUUAUGCAUCCCUACUCGGUGUUAAGCUACGAGGCCUGGGACCGCCGCAAGAAGCGACAGAGCAUAACUUUACUGUGCAGACGUCAUAUAUCGCUCUCGACUGCAGGUUGACGGAUGAGAGAUUCGAUCUUGACACAAAUUACUGGAAAAACAAGACCACAUCCGACCGGAAAGGUGAAGGGGCUGAUGUUCGUCUUCGGGCUCCAGUGGCGUGGGAGGAGUGGAACGAACUUGACGAACCACCUCCUCUAGAGCUUACUUAUUUUAUCAAAUGGCAAAUGAAGGCUAGGCCAUCUGGCUACUGGUCAGCUAUAAACUGCACUAUGCAAACGAUCUGGGUCGAGACAGAUAUUCACUGUGGCCCACGUCCAACUUCAACAAGUUGCUAUGCAUAUCAACAACGACGAAUCAACGGCACAGAACAUGAAAAUCGUCCUCCAAGAUUGAUGCGCAAGAGGUUUGGUGCGCUGCAACAGGCACUGGCAUACUGGCCUGAGGCGUCAGGUGAUAGCGGCUUCGAUGGACCACUGGCCACGGAGAAUUACAUCAUGGGUGAACUCCAUCCAUAUUCCAGGCAGGACUACAGAGACUGGAGCGGCGUGAGCCAGCAGGAGUGGGACUUCUAUAGUGAAUCCAGAAGACUCACCACAGCCUUCAACACUUUCUGGGAUGCAACUUUGAAUCCUCUUGGACAUACCAACGUCUCAUUCGGCGCUCUCAACAGCAGUAACACAGCAUAUGAAGACGAGUUCAAUCUUGAGCCUUUCAUGAACGCAACUGUCGGAACCAUGACUCGGACCUUUGAGGUAUACCGUGCGAGCCAGCUUUGGGUCGCUAUUCUCCUCACAGCGACAAUAUUUCUUCAAGUCCUUGCGAUUCUAGGUCUUGUGUUAGAGGCUAUCAUAGUCGGGCCAGAGGUUCUCGGGUUCGCCAGCUCGUUAACACGCGACAAUCUCUAUGUACCUGUACCGCCUGUGAACUCUGCUCUCGAUGGAGCGGAGAGGGCGAGAGCGUUGGGUGAUAUUCGUUUACAGCUCGCUGAUGUGGGCCCUCGGGAGGAGAGUGGGUACAUUGCUGUUCAUACACUUCAGAACAACAAAGUGGAAAAGGUGUCGGCAGAAGAUUCGGAACAGCAGGCGGGUGCUGAUGAGGCUGUUGAACAUCUUGAUACGAGACCACUGAGUCGAGAGAGGUUGUAUAGAUAG